GGAACGCGGCUCUCUGAUUGGCUGCGGGGACGACAGCGCACGCCCGGAGGCUGGGCCCGGCGGGGAGCGGACCCACGUCUGCGUGACAGUUGUCGCGGGGGGAGGGCAAACCCAGACGACCGGAGGGAGUGUAAAUAGAGCGAAGGCUACGCCGCGUCGGUCCCGUCACCUCCCGGGUGGCCCGAGAGGAGCCCGGGAAGGAAAUGGAAGAUGAGCAGGAACAGCGGCGCAGAAAGGUGGAGGCCGGGAGAGCGAAGCUUGCUCACUUCCGACAGAGGAAAACAAAAGGUGACUGUGCGCAUUCGAAGAAAAAGCCGGCGAAGAGGCUGGGCCUGACUGUCCAUGCGACUGUCCGUGCAGCCGGCCAGGAGGCGAGUCCGGUAGCUGCUGAGGACGGUGGACUUCUGGGGAGAGGGGACAUUUGCAGAAGCCUGUCAUGCAGCCACACCCCCAGUGAGGCAGGAGCGGCUCAGGAACAUGAACAAGAACGUAAACCCGAAAUUGUGGGACUGCUGAGCCGACAGAGAGACGAGACUGGAGGACAGCAGCAGGCGGUGGAUGGCCAGCUGCAGACCCAGCCGGUGUCCUCCCUGGAGCUGGAGGCGCUGCGCCUGAGUCUGAGCGACGCACAUGCGGCGCAGCUGGAGCUGACACAGGCCAACCUGCAGAGGGAGAAGGAGGCAGCCCUGACAGAGCUGCGGGAGCUGCUGCGUGGCCGGCACGCCCAGGAGCUGGCUCUGCUGCACAGCCGGCAGCGGCGGGAACUAGAGCUCGCCAGGGAGGAGGUGGCACACCGCUGCAACCAGGAGACAGCCGAGCUGAAGGAGAAGUUGCGGUCAGAAGUGGAGAAAAACGUGCAGAUGGUCGAGACCUUGAAGCAAGACUGGGAAUCAGAGAAAGAGGUUUGCUUAGAAAACCUACGCAAAGAACUGUCGGAAAAGCAUCAGUCAGAACUGGAGAAUUUACAAAGCCAGUGGAAGAGAGGGCUGGCAGAGCAGAAAGCUGAGUUGGAGAAUAUUCUUCAAGCCAAAAGUCAGGCUGAGUCUUCCCCGAAGGCGCUAGAGGCCCCACAGGAAGCAGCUGUGUGCAAGUUGCAUGAGGACCUACAGACUGAGCAUGGCCAGCAAGUGGAUGACCUAGAGUUGAAGUUCAGAGAGAAGCAGCUAGAGUUAGAGAACCUGCAGGCAUCAUACGAGUUGCUGAAGGCUCAGUCCCAAGGAGAAAUCAGGCGCCUGUGGUCCCAGCUCGAGUCCACGAGAACGAGCAGACAAGAGCUGAGUGAGUUACAUGAGCAGCUCCUGGCUCGAGUGUCUCACGUGGAAGAAUUAGAACAGCUAAAGCAAGACUUUGAGCAGCAGCAGCGACGGGAGAAAGCCGAGCACGAGUCCCAGCUGGAGCAGCUGAGACUUUGCUUUGAGGAGAAGUUGAGGGAUGCUGAAGAAAAUUACCAGGAAGAUGUGACUCUCCUACAGCAGCGGCUCUGGGAGAUGAAGGAAGACUGUGUCCUGGAACCUGCGGGAAGCUGUUCAUCCCGUGGAUUUUUAGAAGAAUCAUCUGAGAGAGGAAGAACGGGCCACCUGGGUAGACUGAACCUUCUGGAGCAACAUGAGGUAAAACAUGAUUUAGUUGAAGAUCACCAGGAAGAACUGAAGAAAGCUAAGGAGAAGAUUCAGCUAAUGGAAGAAGAAUUCAGGGAAAGAGAAGCAGAGUGGAAAGCUACAAGCGAGGCCUCCAAGAGAGAAGCUGAAGAGAAACUGACCCUGAUGCUGCGCGACCUGAGGGAACAGGCUGAGUCUGAGAAAGAGUUAAUAAUAAACAGGUUCGAGCUUCGAGAAACCGAAAUGAGGCAACUUCAGGAUCGGCAGGCAGCCCAGAUUCUGGACCUGGAGGGGUCCCUGAAGGAGCAGCAGGGCCGCCUGAGGCAGCUAGAGCUCGGGCUGGCUGGGGAUGAGUCCCCUCAGUGCAGCCACUGUGGCCAGGAGCCGGGGAGCGGUCUGGCCUCUGCACACCAUGACCGGGUGCUCCACCUGAAGGAGGACUGUGCCCUCCAGCUGAUGCUGACCCAGAGCAGGUUUUUAGAAGAACGUAAAGAAAUCACAGAGAAGUUCACGGCGGAGCAGGAUGCCGUCCUGCGGGAGGCCCAGGAGACGCACGCCAGUGAGCUCCGGCUCCUUCAGGGGAGGCACCAGCAGCAUGUUCUGUCCUUGACGAUGGAGCUCGAGACAAGGCACCAGGCCGAGGUUGAGGCACUGAAGGCUUCAUUCGAGAGUGAGCAGCGGGCUCUUUUGGAAGCUCGUGUGGCUGAACUGCAGACAGAACAUGCUGCUGAAAUCAGUGCUCUGGAAACCAGACAUUUGUCACACCUGGACUCUUUGGAGUCUUGUUACCUGUCUGAGAUCCAGGGCAUACGGGAUGAGCACAGGCGGGCCCUGGAGCUGUUGCAGUCAGACCUGGAGAAGCAGCUGCACAGAAAGGGUCCUCCCCAUCCAGCAACCCUGACCGGGGAGGUGGAGCACCUCCAGCAGGAGCCUGACAGGGAGCUUCCUCCUGCCAAGCACAGCCUGAGCCUGGAAGUGAGCGCUGAACAUGGGGAUGGCCGAGAAGCCCGUCAGCUGAAAGACCCGAUUUUGUCCAUCAGCCACGAGCUGGAAGAGCGCCACUCGGAGCUGGAGCAGCCGCAGCAGAGGCACGAGGGGGAGAGCCGGGAAGGCUCACAGCUCCUCUGGCUGCUCCGCGCUGACCUGGACCGGGCUCACCUUGAGAGGAGAGCUCUCCAGGAGGCCCUGAGGAGGCUGCUGGACUUGUUUGGAGAGGUGCUGAAGGCUGCUGCUGCCCUGAAGAGCCGCAUCGGUGAGCAGGUGGGGCUGUGCCUGGAGGAUGAGGCGUCUGCAGUGCCGAUGCUUGAGGACACCUGGCCUGGAUCUGAGGCGGCCCUGCUAGACCUGGAGAGAACUUUGCCUGAAUGUGCUGAGAUGUCAUCAGUGGCUGAGAUCAGCAGUCAUGUCUGUGAAAGCUUUCUCAUGAACCCGGGAAGCAUGCUGGAGUGUGAGCAGACAGUUAGGAGGGCGCACCAGAGCCUUGGCCGGGCAGUGGACCGUCUCCUGGAGAUGGUCCUGGCCUCCACCAGGCAGCUGGAGGAAGCCCGGCAGAUUCAUUGUCAUUUUGAGAAAGAGUUCAGCUGUAAGAAGGAGGAGACAGCGCAGGUUGUCAGAAAGCACCAGGAGCUGCUGGAACGCCUGGACGAGGAGAAUGAGGCCAAGACACGGCUGACGCUGGAGCUGCACAAGGCAGGGGGCAUUGUCGAGGGGCUCAAGGUGGAGAGGGCCAGCCUGCAGGAGGCCCUGGGCCGGAAGGAGAUGUCCGAGCAGUGCCUCGUGGCAGAGCUGGAGAGCCUGAAGCAGCAGCUGUGGCAGGCGGCCCAGCAGCAGGCCGUGCUGGGGGCGGAGAACACUGCCCUGCGGAGCCGGGAGGAGGCCUGGGCUGCGGGGGCCGCGCGGGAGGCAGGCACCCCUGGGACUGUGGCACACAGGGAUUCAGCGCUUCGGAGGGAAGUGGAAUGCCUAACCAAGGAGCACACGGAGACCAGGCAGCAGUCUGAGAAGGACCGCUCAGUGCUGCUGUCCCAGAUGAAGGUUCUUGAGGCCGAACUGGAGGAACAGCUGGCUCAACAUCAGGCCUGUGCGCGGCAGGCUGAGGAGCUCUGCGCGCUGAGGCAGCAGAUGGAUUCUCUGGACAAGCACCUGCGGAGCCAGCGGCAGUUCAUGGAUGAACAGGCCGCGGAGCGGGAGCGCGAGCGGGAGGAGUUCCAGCAGGAGAUCCAGAGGCUGCAGGGGCGGCCCCAGGGCCCCCACCACGGCCCCCUGCAGCAGGCGCCACUGGAUGAAGAGGUUGAAGUGUUACAAGAAAAAUUGAGAGAAAAGUCGGAAGGACUUAAUGAAUUGCUUAGAAAGAAUCAAUUGGCAGAUAGACAAGUGUUGAUGCAGGAGGAAGAAAUUAAACGUCUUGAGGAGACGAAUGCCGACUCCAGAAGACAGGUGGUCCAGCUCCAGGAAGAGCUGGAGAGACAGAGAAGAGCCCUGCAGGAAUCUGAGCAGGAGAACGAGGCGUUACAGAAGCAGCAGCUGAGCAAAGUGCCUCUGAUUUCCACACUGCAGUCUGAACUGGAUGGGGGUCCUGUGGGCGGCCUUCCUGAGCACCCCAACGGAGAGCUGGAGGCUAUGCGGGGGGUGCUCCUGCAGCCAGAGGGCGAGGCAUUUCUGCAAAACAAAGAAAAGGAGAUAAUGUGUAUGAGAGAGCAGCUGGCUGGGAUGGGGAGUGGUGUGCUCAGCGAGGUUAUGUAUAACAGAAGUUCUGAAGUUGAGGAGCUGAAAUCCAUUAUUGAGAAUCUGCAGGAGAACCAAGAACGAUUACAGAAGGAUAAAGACGAAGAGAUCGAACAGCUCCAUGAAGUCAUUGAGAGGCUGCAGAGAGAGCUGUUCCUCGGGGGCCCCGUAGUGCAUGAAGUCAGCGACUGUCAAGUUGAGAACCUCCGGAGCGAGCUGGAGCAGGGGCUGCUGUGCCUCCGGUCGGAGGGAGCCGAGGCCCAUGCCGCCCUGGAGGGCGAGCUGCAGGCUGCACUCGUGGCCAAGGAGGCCGUGAGCUGUCUGCUUGCUGAGCAGGAGUGCAGACACAGCCAGGCCCUGGGGGCCCUGCGGGAGCGCCUGCAGGGCGUGGAGGACGCUGCUUCGCGGCAGCUGGCUGAGCUGGGGCACAGUGUGGCCCUCCGGGAGGCUGAGGUUCAGGGCAUGGCCUUCCAGAUCCAAGAGUUUGAGGCUGCUCUAAAAGCAAAGGAAGCAAAGAUUGCAGAAAGGGAUUUAGAAAUUGACACUAUGAAGAAACAGAAGUUGGCCCACUCCACUGAGCUGGGGACCAUCCUGUCGUCCUUUGCCCACUUGUGCCGCAACCUGGAACAGCAGCCCCUCGAUGAGCCCCCUGAGCUUCAGUGGCUCCAGGUGCAGUGUGUCCACCUCAGCCACCAGCUGCAGGUGCUGAGCCAGCGGUUCCUUGGGUACCAGAAGGAGCUGGACAAGCAGCAGGCGUGCAGGGCCCAUGUGGAAGGCAGCAGCCAGGGACAGGUCCCCAGGGGUGAAGAGGCCUCGUGUGAUGAAGAGUCAGGACAGGAGGGUAAGGAAAAGCUACUAGAAGAUUGUCAGCUGCAGAAAGCUGACCUCAUAACUCAGGUGAAACAACUUCAAGAAAGACUGGACUGUCUGGUCUACUCUCGGAGCCUUCAGAGCUUUGAGGCAGAGGAAUUUAAAUGUCAACAGCCAUUGGCAUUUUGGCGUGUUUUAGAAAAUAGUUCAAGUGAUAGUUCCAAUAAUGGUGAUGAAGCUGACAAUUCACCUCCUGUUGAUGCAUUAAACAUUCAUGAAACCCUGUGGGAUCCAGUUGAUGUUACUGGAAAUCAGAACUCAGUGAUAAGUGAGGAGCCAGGUGCUCCUGGGGAGGAUGAGGUAGAUUUGCAGAAUGGCUCACUUUGCUUACAGGUGAGCUUGCCCGGUAGCCCCGGCGGCUCAUCCCACAAUGAGGGGGCAGAGCCCUUGAAGACCACCCUCCGGGCGGUGGACCUGUCCUCCUGGAGCUCCCCUGAGGUCGUGAGGAAGGACUGGACCCUCGAGCCCCCACCCAGCCUGCCCCUGACGCCCUGCUCAGACGCCCUGAGCCAGUGCAGCCUGGAUGCCGCCCUGCAAGACAGGACAGAUGCCUCACUGCUCCCAUCUGACCAGUCCCAGGCACUUUGUUACCCGGGCAGGUCAGCAUCCAGAAAGGCACCUGGGUGGGCGGCGUCUCCACUGGCCACAGUCAGGGCUCCCUUUGCUGACCAGCACGUGCAGUGGACAGCUGUGGAGAAAGACAUUGAAGAUGCCAUCAUAACAUCUCUUGAUUCGUCUCCUGGGCUGGCGGGAAAGCCCGGUGGCAGUGCAGUGCGUGAUGGCUUGGGGUUUGGAGAGAUCCUGAAUCAAGGCUCAGGAGGACUCAGAGCUCCCACUGCUGGCCCUGCAGUGCCUCUUCCUGCCUCUGGAAGGUUCCAGCAGCCUCUGGAAACCAUGAAGGAGAAGGAAGUCCACCCCCAGCAAGUGAAGGCUUUGCUGCAGAUGGUGUGUGAUGAGAGCCGCCACAUACUGGCCUUGUCCGAAUGCCGCACGCCUGCCAGUGCCCCGAGCGAGGACAAGCCGCACAUGGUGCUCGAGUGCAUCCUGAGGGAGGCCCAGGGCCUGCUGGAGGCUGCACCCCAAAAGGAAGAGAAGGAGCCUCCUGACGUGAACCUCACCUGGAGAAGGGACUUCCUGCAGGGGGCCCAGCAGGUGUUUGGAACAGUGCAGGACACGCUGCCAGCCAAGUUGUGGCCCUGGAUCUGCAGCUCCAACCCUGGGAACCCCGGCUCCCUGCAGCUGAGGCGGGAGCAGGUGGUGUGGGGGCAGGAGAAGCCCUCGGAGCACCUGCCUCUGUCAGACAGGAGCAGCUUGCUUGGCGAGAUCCAGGCUCUGCGUGCCCAGCUGCGGAUGACGCACCUGCAGAACCAGGAGAAGCUGCAGCAGCUGUGUGCAGCCCUGACCAGCACACAGGCCCACAGAAGCCAGAAGGAGCGCCAGCUGCGCAGACAGGUUGAGUUAUUGGCAUAUAAAGUUGAGCAGGAAAAAUGUAUAGCUAGCAAUCUACAGAAGACGCUGGGUGAAGAGCAAGAGAGAGCAAGUGAUGCUCAGAAGCUCCUGGUGGUGGAACAGAAGGCAGUCAGGGAUUUGAGGUCUGAGCUCUGUGAGUGUAAAGAGGACAAUGAAAGGCUGCUGGCAUCCCUCCACAGCACACAGAAGGAGGUGCUCCAGCUGAGGUCCACACUGGACAGCAAGGAGAACAGCCUGCAGGCUGCCUUGCAGGAGCUGGAGGGCGGGCGUGGGAAGGAGCGUGCCCUGCAGAGCCGGCUGGAGGAGGAGCAGCUGCAGCGCCUGCAGAGCGAGGCACAGAGCACCAAGGCCCUGGAGGAGUUGAGAAAGUCCUUGGAGCAGGAGUGUGCUCAGGGUGAGCAGCUGCGUGUCGCGCUAGAACACGAGCGGACGGCCAGGGACAACCUUCAGAAGGAGCUGCAGAUUGAGUCCUCGCGCUGCGAGGCGCUGCUGGCCCAGGAGCGCGGCCGGCUCUCUGAGCUGCAGAGGUCACUGGCAGCUGAGGAGGGCCGGUCGCUGGAGCUGUCCGAGGCUCUGCACCACGAGCGCCUCCUGACGGAACAGCUGAGCCGCAGAACACAGGAGGCACGCACGCUGCACUCUCUGGGGCGGGAGCUGAAGGGCCUGCGGGCCGCACUGGAGGCAGCACAGCAGCAGGAGGCCCAGGCGCAGCAGCGCUGCGAGGAGCUCCGGAGAGAGAAGGAGCGAGAACUCGAGUUACAGCGCCAGAGAGAUGAGCAUAGGAUCCGGCAGCUGCAGCGGACGGUGAGGGACCUGCAGGCCAGCGCAGAGGCCCGUGCCUCCCCAGAGUCCGAGCACAUCCGAGAGCAGCAGCAGGGCCUGGAGAAGACUCGGCAGCAGCUGCUCUGGGUGGCUGGGCUUCUGACCAGCUUUAUCAGCCAGGCUGUAGACAGGACAAUCAAUGAUUGGACAUCAUCCAACGAGAAAGCAGUGGCAUCUUUGCUGAGAACAUUAGAGGAACUCAAGUCUGAACUGAGUGCCACAGACUCCUCACAGAAGGAAAUGACAGCAGAGCUCCAGGUCCGGCUGGUGGACACGCUGCUACAGGACAAUGACUCCCUCAGGAGGAGGCUGGGCGCAGGGAGCCGGGGGAAGGCUGGGCCACGCGGGGCUGCGUCCAGGCCCGAAGAGACCCUGCAGGCAAUGCGCAGGCCGGACAGGACAGCCCCGCGGAGCCCCCGGCACCCUGAGCCCGGGCGGUCCACACUGGCCGUGAGUGAGGAGGCCAGCACCGGCGGUAUCAAGGUGGAAAAAUUGUACCUGCAUUAUUUGAGAGCAGAGAGCUUUAGAAAAGCUCUGAUUUACCAAAAGAAGUACCUUUUACUAUUGAUUGGUGGAUUCCAGGACUCUGAACAAGAAACACUCUCAAUGAUCGCUCACCUGGGAGUAUUUCCUUCCAAAGCAGAUAAGAAAACUGCCACAUCUCGGCCUCUUACGAAGUUCCGAACUGCUGUUAGGGUGGUGACUGCAACAUUAAGGUUGCGAUUUUUGGUUAAGAAAUGGCAAGAAGUGGACCGGAAAGGUGCUCUCGUGCUCAGCCGAGCCUCCCGCCCAGGGGAAGGGUUCCUGAUGCCACAGCGGCAGCUGUCUCCACCCAAGACCAGCAAAUCCCCGCCGACCCGGGACGUGUCCCCCAGCCAUGUCAGGGGCCCCGUGCCGAGAGCCUCCCCACGCAGGCGGGAGAGAGCUGAUCCAUCCCUGAAUUCAAGAUCAGAAAGGUCCCUGACUGCUUCUCAAGAUCCGGAACGUUCCUUGACAGAGUACAUCCAACACUUAGAGAUGAUCCAGCAGAGGCUCGGGGUGGUCCCGCCAGAUUCCACUUCAAAGCACUCCUGCCACCAGAAGAUUAAACAAUGAAUAAAAUCCUGUGGCUCCUACCUCUGACAAUUCUGUUUGAGAAAAAGACUUGUUUUUCCCCUUUUUGCAAGGAGAGCUUGUUUUGUGCAUGCAUGCUGAGCCGCCCCAUAGUGCCAGCCUGCGUGCCGCGCAUCAGAGUCCCGCCUCUCUGCAUUGCCACAAAGCCAAAUGGAGUAGUUCCUUUGUGGCCUCGGUGCACGUCUGCCCCUCUCCGUCACGAGGUGAUGUGUGCUUUACAUGCCACAGGCCCGGCUCGGUCAUGCUGGCAGGGCCACCCUUCCUGCCUCCAAGCCAGGAAAGAGAGUGGCCGUCAGUGCACAGAUGGGAACCUGGCUUAAAACAAAAGCACAGAGAGAAUAAAGCUAAAGCUGCUCCGUGUGAGUGGCCCUUC